AUGAACGACAGAAGACGAGUGAAUGGCCCACCGGGCGGCACAAGGCCUCCGGUCUAUGCCUCUUUACUUCAAUCUGGGACUGGCGCCGACAUCCGCGCCCAGCGCCAGCGACAACCUACCGAUCUAAGGAAAAUCUUCCUCAAGACUGGACUGAUUCCUUCGGCCUCGGGCUCCUCAUACCUUGAAUUUGAACCAUCCGCUUCUCUCGCUGCCGCCCGCAGCAACCCCAAAUCUCUGAUCCCGCCUUCCUCAGCUUUGAAGCUCGCCUGCACAGUCCAUGGUCCGAAACCGCUGCCUCGUUCAGCUCCAUUCUCUCCAAAUCUCGUCUUAACAACCCAUGUCAAAUACGCGCCCUUCGCAGCCCGCAAGCGCAAGGGCCAUGUUCGCGAUUCCAGCGAGCGCGACCUGGGCGUCCACCUUGAAACAGCUCUGCGCGGCGCCAUCAUUGCCGAGCGCUGGCCCAAGAGUGGCCUCGAUAUCACGGUUACCAUUCUUGAAGCAGAGGAUGACCGCUGGUGGGGCGAUGUGCCGGACUCGCACGAUGCCUCGUGGGGCAUGAUGAAUGUUCUGGCGGGCUGUAUCAGUGCUGCGUCGGCGGCCAUUGCGGAUGCGCAUAUCGACUGUCUAGAUCUUGUAUCUGGCGGUGUGGCUGCUCUGGUUUCCGACGACUCAACCGAUUCUUCUUCGGCGCUGCCGAAAUUGAUGCUAGACACAGACCCAGCUGAGCACCGCUCCAUUGUCUCUGCUUGCGUGGUGGCAUAUAUGCCUGCUCGGGACGAGAUCACAGAACUUUGGCUCAAGGGCGAUAGCUCCAAGGUUUCUACUGCGGACGGCGAUGAGCGAAGUGGUCAUGAAGCUUUAAUAGACGGUGCUGUUGAUGCUGCUCGGGGAGCGCAUACUGUCCUGGCGGAAGCUGUGAGGGAGUCACUACAGAAGGCACUCGGCCAGUCAUAA